AUAAAAGUAAGAUACUUAGAUCUGCAUGUCUAUAGCGCUAGACAGUGAUAAAUAUAGCCAGCAGAUAUGUGUAGUGAUGUCCAUUAGGACGAUAUUGAUGUUGGUGGGGGUAAUAAUAUUGUCGGUGGUGGUGGGAAGUGGAAAUGAAAGAAAAAAAAAGAAAAUAGGCAGUAGAAAAGUGGAAGCAAGCAAGCAAGCAAGAAAGUAGAGGGUGAAGGUGUCUUUUGGUUGCGAGAUUAACUUGAGAACCUUUUCUGAUUGGCUGGCUGUUCAAAAUGUUGGUUAUUGCGGGCGAUGCCGUGCCGAUGUUGUGACGUUAAAGAUUUUUAUCAUACUUAUACUAGUGAGAAACAUAUUCGCAAGUGGAUUAAAUAAUAUUAAUCAAGCCUGGGAAUAAAAAGUAAAUAACAACGAUGAGCUCGAUAUCUAAUGUGGAGAAUUUUUCACCGCAAAUAAUUCGGAGGGUAGCCAAAGAAAUGCAGGAAUUGGUUAGCCAUCCUCCUGAAGGCAUUCGAGUUAUCAUAAAUGAUGAAGAUGUCACUGAUAUUCAGGCUGUCAUCGAGGGUCCUGCUGGUACUCCUUAUGCAGAUGGUCACUUUAGAGUUAAACUAGCUUUGGGUAAAGACUUUCCUCAAGGACCUCCAAAAGCUUUCUUCCUCACCAAAAUCUUCCACCCAAAUGUGGCGAAAAAUGGAGAAAUAUGUGUCAACACUUUGAAAAAAGAUUGGAAAUCUGAUCUUGGAAUCAAACAUAUAUUAUUAACUGUAAAGUGCCUACUCAUCGUACCUAAUGCCGAAUCUGCCUUGAAUGAAGAGGCAGGAAAAAUGCUUCUAGAAAAGUACGAUGAUUAUUCUGAAAGAGCAAAAAUGAUGACCGAAAUCCAUGCUCAAGGAGGUGGCAAGGGCAGUAAAGUUGGUAUUGAGAGCUGCACUUCUUCCGCAAUCGGUGGUCCUCUUCCGAAAAAACACGCAAGUGACAAAAAAAUAACUGCUGAAAAGAAAAAAAUGUUGAGAGAUAAGAAGAGAACGCUCAAGCGAUUAUAAAAAAAUUUCUUAAUUAUUAAUCUCAUUCUUAUUGAUACUGUCCCUUGAAAGAUCUUAUAUCAAUUGAAAAAAGAUAAA